AUGCCGUUCUUGGCUAUGCAAGCCCGAGCACUGCUCGUGGCCGCUGCCCUGGUCAUGCUGCUGGGCAGUGGCCCCGCUCUUGUUCAAGCCACCACCAACUGCUACUACGGAGAAUUCUAUAACCUCACUUCCACCGAGUGCCAACUCUGCCCUCCCAGCACCUUUAAGAGCAGCCGCUACCAUCGCGACAACAACUGCGACAACUGCCCCUCCGACAGAUACUCGUCAGAAUAUGGUCAGCGCUAUUGCUGGGCCUGCCCCGAAGGCCAGGUCCCCACCGAAAAUCGCACCGCCUGCCAAGUUUGUCCUGCAGGAACCUACAUUGGCAACGGUGGGUCCGAUUGCAAGGCCUGCCCCCGCGGCAAGUACCAGCCCUACCCAGGCCAAUCUACUUGCCUCUCCUGCGAGCCCGGCAAGUAUCAAUACGAAGAAGGCCAAGAAACCUGCCUCGACUGCCCCGCUGGUCUCUACAACAGCCAGACUGGCCGCACCAGCUGCAAACUCUGUGGCAAUGGCCGCUAUUCCCCCGCAACCGGCGCCGUAGGCUGCUUGACCUGCCGCCCGGGCAAAUACCAGGGCGGUGAACAAACUCCGACCGAGUGCCUCACUUGCCAGCCUGGAACAUUCAUGCAUUGGUAUGGAUACUCCUAUUGCCGCGAUUGCCCCGCAAAUUCGUUCGCCAACUUUUCGGGCGCUUAUGAGUGCCCCAGAGUCAAGGCCGGCGAAGCAGCCCCGGAGCCGGGCAUGACCGAGCCCAUUCGAUGCCCCAAUGGCACGUACAACUACCGCGUUGGCUACAGCUGCCGAAACAUCCCCGCCGGUCGCGAAGCCGUCGGCUAUGAUCAGGAAUUUAACCCUUACUACGAAUACGACUGCCGCCCCGGCCACUACACCAAUCUCAGCCACCCGUAUCACAAGUGCGCCCCAUGUCCCGCCGGCUCUUAUCAGAGCCAACACCGCAAAGAGAGCUGCAAUGAGUGCCCCGAGGGCAAGUACACGGACCGUAUCCGACAAACAGCGUGUCGUGACUUCUCCGACGUGCCGGCCGGCUACGAGUUGCAAAGCAAUGGCACCGCUUCCUCUGAUCGUGUCUUGGUCCCAUGCCCACCCAACACGUUUCGCACUGGUCGCGAUGGCACCCACUCCCCAUGCCUGCCUUGUCCAGCGGAAACCACGAGUCCCGGCGCUGCAGGCUACUGCACCUAUGCCGCCAACGCGGCCGACUGUACGCCUGGUGAAUACUAUGACGGCGCCCAAUGCCAGACUUGCAGCUCCAACCACUAUACCACAGACAGCAACGCACACACCUGUGCCGAUCAGCGGGAUUGCCUUCCAGGCCAGUACCAGGUUGCCGCACCCACUCGCAGUAGCGAUCGCCUUUGUGCCCUCUGUGGUCUGGGCACCUACUCGGAGUACAACAAUCGGGCCUCGUGCACAGAAGCGGACAUUUCGCGUGACGAAUUUGUCGAUUAUGAGGGUGCGCACGAAUACAUGAAGGAGCGUGACUGUCUGCCGGGCUCUUAUAUUGCACAAAAUGCCACCACGUCAACCGCCCGCGUUUGCCUCACCUGCCCCGACGGCUCCUUCACCACCCAAUCCAAUCGGCAUGAAUGUGAGCCGCACCAGCACUGUCCACCAGGGACCUACAUCUACUUUCUCGGAGACAUGCGCUCGAAUCGCCAAUGUCGCGAUUGCGGAAAUAAUACCGGUCGAGGCACUUGGGAUCACGACAUGGAGCGAUGCCUCCACUUUGACCACUGCGACCCAGGCUAUGGCACAGUCCAGGAGCCCACCCCAUCCUCCAAUCGCAUCUGCGCACCCUGUGUAGAGGGCAUCUCCUUCAACAACGACGCCAGCGGCGACGGCGUGUGUAAACCCGUCCGCGACGUUUGUGGCCCUGGCGAAGGCUUCAUUGCAGCCGCCACCGUGACCCGCGAUCGGACCUGUCUGGAGUGUCCGUCCAAUUCGUUCAAGACGGACGCCGGGGACCACGAUUGCGUGCUGGCCACGACUUGCGGCCAGCUUGAGCGCGAGAUUGUGCCCUUGACCCCCAGCUCCGAUCGCGUCUGUCUGCCCGUCGAGCGCUGUAUCGACAACUACAAUGACUUUGGCGUGCCAUGUGAGUGCAGCGAGGGCUGUCGCCGCUGUUAUCAGAGCACAGACAACACCACCGACUACCUUCUCGUGCGUCGUGACGGCGCCCCAAGCGCAGAUGCCACCAUCAGCAACCCAAUCUGUGCCCGCCCAGUCUCCAAUGCCAACCCCCUUCUGACUGAAGCAGAGCUUGUUGAAAACUGUGCCGCCGAGUGUCGCGGCGAUGCCGAUUGCGUUGGCUUCCAGGUCUACGCCCGAGACCAGUCCGAGGAGCUUCGAGGAACGUGUUGCCUUAAAAAGUCAUUUGAUGAAGACGCGGCCCAGGAUUUGCCCGGCAUUGACUUUUAUCAAAUGAGCGGCUGUUGGUAUUGUCACGGCGGUUACUUCCUUGAUGGUCAACACUGCCAGGCGCUGUCUGACCUCCCGGAACUCGGUGACAACGAGACGUCCCUGGCGCUGCCCCUGGGAUUUGGCAACCAAUCUCUAUACCAAGUCAACCUCACGCGCGUGCCAGGCCUCAACUACUCUUACAGCAUUGUUGACUUCCAAUCCUCCAUCAUGACGCAAGACGACUUUUACAUCGACCCCGAGACUGGAUCGCUCUACACACUCACCAACCUCUCCGCCCUAGGCCAAGUGAUCAUCACCAUUCAGGUCCAAGACAGCCAGGAAGUGUGUUACAUGCGCAUAGACAACCGCAAUCGGAAGGUGCUCUCAGGCUGCAUCUCUUGGGUUCGCGUCGACCUGACCGUCACCGGCUUUUUGAGCUGCCCGGACAGCAUGAUCCACUACAUUCCCCUCUCCCUCACCGAAGACGAAAUUGUCUGGACUGAACCCUUGAUUCCCGCGACGGCCACAAGCGUGGAUGUAUCAGUCAAUACAAAUCAAACCAAUUUUACAGCCGGCUUCUAUACGAUUCGUUACGAGACGACUCCUCUAUCAAACGGAGAUGUGCUGGUCUGUGAGUUUAACAUCACCGCGAUCAACGGCUUUCGCCAGGACCUGGAUUAUCUACGCUAUGAAACCAUUGAUGCAGGCCUUGGCAUUGACUACCUCAUGGAAGAUUCCAUGUAUGACCGGCGCAUGCUGCGUCCAGAAGCCUUUGCCGGCAAUCUAGACCGAGCCAGUUUUGCCUACGGUAUUUACAGCCCUUUUGCCACGCCCUUUAUUUAUCGCCCCGAAGACGGCGUCAACUCUACGCUGCAUGUUCGCCUCGCCUGGUGUCGAACUGGGAGCGAGCUCGUUGAGAGCGAACUCACGCCUCGCCCCGUGGACAUCGUCCUGGCUGGCGUACCCUCUGUCGGCUUCACCGACCUCGGCUCUGGCGUAUCGCCGGAUGAUGGCUGCUUCCUGAUCUGGGCAAUCUCCGACCCCAUCAAUUCGGCCAUCAGCUUUCGACGCAUUGACAUCGAACUUCCCCUUGAAGAUGCCGCUGAGAACGACGACGUUGAAAAUGAUGCCAACAACACGAUUGCCCGUCGUGCUGUGGGUGACCCCUCUGAGUUUGAUCUCUACAGCCCGGUUUCCCCCAGCGGCGUGUACAUGCAACACGAGGCUUCAUCCACAUCAGAGCUCUCCAGCUCCCUCUUGGUUCUGGAAGACGUUCUGCCUCCCACUUGGAUCGGUUGCCCCGUCGAGGCCAUCACGGUCAGCAUUCCCAGCGAGCAAGAGUUGGUGGCAGUCCAGUGGAUCGAGCCUCAAGCCAGUGACAACAUUGGCAUUCUGCGUACAGAGUCCAACUUCAAGCCGGGUGACAACUUUUCCUGGGUCAGCAGCCCGUAUCAAAUUGUCUACACGGCAUACGACCUGUCGGAGCAAAAGGCAGAAUGUCUUUUUGACGUGAUUGUGCAGCCAGAGUUGAGCCCUCUGCCGAUCGAGGCGGGCUUUCGCGUGGCCUUUGAUCGUACCGUUACCAUCUCCGAGGCCUUCCCGUACGGCGAUGAUGAACAAGUCUUGCUGAAUGAAGCAGACCCAGCUUUGACUUUUGAUACAGACUUCAAUGGCACCAACGCACUCGAAUUGCGUAUACUACCCGCCAACGAUGACAUCAUCGAAGUUCGCCAACGUAACGACUCUCAGUUUGCCCAGUUUGUCUUUGAGCUGAGCUGGUCGGUGGAUGGUGAGUUUCCGGAUGUAGCCACUCCCAAUCAGGAUGCUGUGUCGGCGGACAUGCAGUUUGAGCAAUUUCAACGCGACGCCAGCGACGUGAUCAACACAGAGGAUCUGAAUGACUUUGAGCUUCUGUAUGAUGCUCUGUGUCACGUUGAUGCCACAACUGGUCGCAUCGUUCUAAGCGGUGUGUCACGGCCCUUUGCGCAUGGCUUCAAGUUUCAAGGCCUGACUGUGCGAAUCAAAUUUCCGCGCGGCGUUGCCGACGAGAAUGGUACCCUGCCGGCCUCCCAAACUUGGGUUCUGGACCCGGCCAGCAAGGUAGCCCUGCGGCAUCGCAUCAGCCUGACGGUGGCCGAGGCUUAUGAUCCCGAGUUGGCCGAGCCAUUUAUCCUUGUAUAUGAUGAGACCCCGCCCACGUUCUUGAGCUGCCCCACAUCGGCCGUUCAGCAAGCGUUGGUUGGGGACAGCACCGCCACCUUCAACUGGAGCAUGCCCAUCUUCACGGACAAUCGCCCCCUUGGCUUGCGCCUCAGCCAGCGCGCCUACUACCCAGAUGGCCCGUAUGAUGGCGACGUGAAUACGACCAUGGUGGUACCCAUCCGCGACCCCGCUUCGCCCGCACUCGUGGUCGAGUAUACGGCACGCGAUGAAUACGGCAACCGGGAGCAAUGUAUCUUCACACUACGCGCUGUGGACAUUGAGGCGCCCGUGGCUCUGUGCUCCAGUAACACGACCUUUGUGCUUCCCGAGGGUCGGGGUACCUAUGAGAUGCCCUACGCGGCCUGGCGUCCGACCAGUCUGGACAAUUCCAACCUACCCGUGGCCAUCGUGGAGCCUGAAGCAGGAUUGGCCGUGUCAGUGGACGUGGGUGUACACAACGUCUCAGUCACCGUUCAGGAUGCGUGGAACAACACGGGCAAUUGCACAAUGCGGGUAGAGGUGCUGGAUGAGGAGGCGCCCGAGGUGCUAUGCCCCUCUGACGUCGUCGUCGUGGCCCAAUCUGUUGAAUCGGGUGCCAAUGCCACCUGGUCGGCUCCCAUCGUCGUCGACAACGUGGGUGGCGCCGGUGUAUCCUGGGUCGCGGACACGGCCAAUGGCAGUACCUUUCCGCUGGGCUCAAGCAAGGUGAUCAUCAGUGCAACCGAUGCCAGUGGCAACAGUGCCGAGUGCGUUUUUUCCGUCACGGUGCAACAGCCGGCGGCCUCCGCCUCGGCUGACCAGCGCGUGGUGAACGCAGCCAUCAGCGGCGGUACCUUUCUGGUCGUCCUGGUCAUUGUGCUGGCCAUCCUCAUCCGCCGUCAGAUUCUCAAGUCGCGCCAGCCCGCCGACUGGGAAGAUAUCUUCUCCAUGAUUGAGCAGCUCAAGAGCGGUGCCCUCAUGGAAAACGGCCCUCGCAUUCCGCGCGAGGUUUUCCGUGGCCACAUCAAGCUUCUGGACGAGCUCGGUCGCGGUGCUUUUGGCAUCGUCUACAAAGCACUACUUGAGGAGCCUGGCAUGCCGGGUUUCUUGGUGGCCUGCAAGAGUCUGCACGAGUCCAACGGUGGCGGUGCCAUGCGCGAGCUACUGGAGGAGGCGGCCGUGACGGCUCAGUUUGAACACCCCAACGUGGUCCACCUCAUCGGCGUGGUCUCAGUGGGAAAGCCCCUUUUGGUUCUUCUCGACUUUUACGAACGCGGGGACCUACGCAGCCAUCUAAUGGCCAAUGCAGAUGGUCUCAGUGCUGUGCAACGCGCACACUUUGCUUAUCAAUGCGCAGCUGGCUUGGAGCACGUGCAUGGUUUCGGCUUUAUUCAUCGCGACAUUGCCGCACGUAAUGUGCUCCUGUCGAGCGACCUUACGUGCAAGCUUUCAGACUUUGGCUUGGCCCGUGAGCAGCCGAGCAGUGAUGACUCGCACGAGGCCUACUACCGCAUGCGCUCGGGGAAUCUGCCCGUGCGCUGGUCGGCCCCCGAGGCAUUGGAUGAUCAGAAGUUCUCUCAGGCCUCAGAUAUCUGGAGCUUGGGCAUCUUGAUGUACGAGAUUUACACCAACGGCGAAAUGCCCUACAAGGGGUGGAGCAAUCAGCGCGUGUGGGUUGAGGUGGCAUCUGGGUUUCGUCUGGCCCGCCCAGAGUUGUGCCAUGCGGCUGUUUACGAGGUGAUGCAGGACUGCUGGAAGUCACUGGCUGCUGAUCGGCCAAGCGUGGAUGCCGUGGUGGCGCAGAUUGGCCGGAUUCUGGAGGAGACCAUGGGCUUUGCGGGUCACCUGCGCACAUCACCGUUGCCCGACACCAUGACAAACGCAGACACGACCAAGCGCGGCAUCUUCGAAUCGCUGAAGCGUUUGACGCAGACCAAGAAGCGCCGCAGCAGCAGCAGCAACGAGGGUAAGUCGCCCAAUUCGAAGCGUCGCUCGACUGUGGCCACUCUUUUGGAAGACCUGCACGAGGUCUUCCACGACGAGGGUGCUGAGGACCAGUUUGAGCCCGUGUACUUGGAAGAUCGGGCCUUGUACGACGUUGGUGCAAACCGAGAGAUGUACGAGGACGAGGACGCGGAUGAUCUUCCCUCUGCCACGAUGGAGGAGAGUGCACUGCGAGGCGGCCGGCGUAUUUAUGACAGCGAAGCCAACAUGAAUCGUGAUUUAGCGGCCUCGGCACAGCGUGUUGCAGAUCCCUCCUCUGUAGGUCGGCGCGUGUAUGUUCAAGGCUACGGUGAGGGUGUGUUGCGUUUUUACGGCCAACACGAGGACCCAGCUCGUGGAACGCGGUGCGGCGUCGAGCUCGACGAGCCUGUGGGGCGCAACAACGGCACUGUCAAGACGGGCCUGGCGGCGUUGAGCAAUGAGAUCGUUGAGAAGCUCGCGGUUGCCCUCUUCUGUGUGUGGUACGCGCUGUUGCAGACCGGCCGAGGAGAGAAAGCAAAAGUCAAGCAUGAGAACUUCAAGGAGAGGCAAUACUGCUGCCGCCCAUCACGGCCAAGGCGGUGA